CAUAAAUACGACACCCCUUAUGCAUUGCGAGAGUAAGGACCAUUUUACGGCACCCCGACGAAUCUCCACCGAUGUUCCACAUGGCUUAAAAUGAUGCGAAACGUGAGAGUGUGACAGCCUACUACAUGAUAGAUUAAGUGAGAAACGAUAUUGAUCGAAAUAAACUAUGGGUAAAAGUAAGACUAACAAAUUUAGACGUCCACAGUUCAACGCAGAGGGACUGUCUGUAACUGCUGUAAAGGAAGUGGAAGAGGACCACGAUGAAGUCUGUGAUGGAGUCGACUCUCCAGCUGGGGAGUUACUGGAGAAAUUGCAGAGUCCCAGUGCAGAUGUGCGUGAGUUUGCUUGUGCCAGCAUAUCACGCCUCGUGCAGCAGAGCCAGACCAUCCCAGGCUUCCUCCAGCGGGAUGCGGUGAGACGUCUCGGGCCCUUACUGCUGGACCGCAGCCUGGCCGUCAGGGAGACUGCCACAGGGGCACUCAGGAACCUGAGUGCCUGUGGGGGUCAUGAGGUGUGUGAGGACAUGGUGAAACAGGACGUCAUGACUCCUCUGACUGCUCUGCUUCGAGAGUGCUGUGCUGUGUUUGAGACCAAUGAUGCCCUCUCGUUAAAAGGGCAGAAAAACACAGUGGAAGAUGUAGCCAAUGAAGCAGUUAACUUGCUGUGGAAUCUCUGUGAGAGCAGUAGCCAGGCACUCUCUGUGUUCAACAAAGCAGGCAUUCUGGAUGUUAUCCUACAGUGUCUGGAGCGACACACUCACAACAUCAAGCUGGCUUUGUCUGCAGCCCACUGUUUGCACACAGUGACUGAGGACAACGCAGAGUUGCUGUGUAGUAUGAACAAUGCUGUAUUGGGGACUCUAGAGAGUGUGCUGCUAUCCUCACAGGCGGACAUGGCUCACACACUGCUCAGAACACUGGCUGCAGGGUCAGUGUGGAACCUGAAGAGCAGCCUGCCCACGGCCCGCCAGGCCCAGACCCUCAACGCCCUGAUGGCCACCCUGUCCCAGUGCUUGGAGCUGGAUGCUGGCACGCUGAUACCCCAGCUCCGCCAGGCUGAGGUGGCCCGCAGUGCCACUGCCUCAGAGGCAGGGAACAUGGAGGACCACCAGGCAGCUGCAGGGAAUAUGGCUGUAGAGGAGAUGGAGGAGGGGGUUGGACCGAGGACAAAUGGAAAGGCAAACAAGAUAGAUAAAGACUUCUCUGACCUCCUGCCUAGGGGCAAGGAGGAGCUGAGGGAGGCGACGGCCUUGCUGACAGCCCAGCAGACGUCCUUGGAGAUCAUCGUCAACAUGUGCUGCUCUGAUGACCCGUCAGACGAUGAGUGGGAGGAGGCGUCGAGCAGCGACGAGAGUGAGAUGUGUCCUGACGGCCUCUCUGAAGGGAACACCAGCCUCCUGUCCCCACUGUGUCUGUCUGCUGAGGUCCACGCGGCUCUGAUCAACCACAACAUCCCAGAGAAGGUUCUCAAGAAGACCCAGUUCCCCAGCAGCGAGGCGAUGGACGUAUGUCGUCAUAAUCCCACCUGGAAAAUGUUGAUGAAAAAGAUGCAUCGGGUGCAGUACAGGGCCCUGACGUGCCUUCACAACAUGCUGUCUACUAUGGACGCUGAGUCCCUAGGGGGAGCAGCCGCUCUUCAGGCUGUCGCACAACACCUGUCCACGCUGGUCUUCAGUCCUCCAGAGAUCCCUAAGGAGGAGGAAUUCCUUGAGGCAGUUACCAGUGCCAUGCGAUCCCUCUUACAGAUCAUAGCCUAUAUGAAAAUCCCACAGUGUAUGACACCCCAGCAGCUGAUGAGCCUGAGCGAGGCGGCGACCUGCUGUGACGUGGUCAGUGUGAGAGUGAACGCUCUGGCCAUCCUAGGCAUCACAGGAAGCACACUGGCUAAAGAGAAGAGGACAGCUGAAACUCUGCAGAUGAUUGGCAAUGCCUUACUCCAAGUUGCUACAAAGGAUGCCGACCUUGUGGUUUGUGGAGAGGCCCUGGAUGCUCUGUUUGAUGUUUUUGCGGAUGGAGACGAGGCAGAGAGAGCAGCUAAAAACAUCAACUUACUGGCGGCUCUGAAGGCACUUCAACCUGUCUUCAAGGCUAAGAUUCGUAAAGAGGGGAAGGGAAAGUACAGCCCUGAGCAGCUGUGUGUGCUGGACAACAUCAAAGUCAACCUAAGAAGGUUUAUUGGCUACCUGGAGACUGUGGUAAAAAAAUGACAGCGGCCUGACUACGACACCAUCUGACUGACUGGCUGACAUAAGAUGAAAUGACUCAUAAUUUACAAUACAAUGGACCCAGAGUUGCCCAUAGAGCCUUUGGACAGAACAGAGGGAAUGGGGUUGAGGGGAAUUCCCUAAUAGACCCUCAUUAAAGGGACAGUUCAUUCCAAAAUCAUUGUUUUUGAGUGAACUAUUCCUUUAACAUCUAUAUAACUGAUUUUGAUGUUGGGUAUCUUUUUGUUUUAAUGUUCUGACUGAAAUGCUUAACUAUUUUCCUUGGUAGGUGAGUGUUUACAUAAUUAUUUGUCCAAAUUUUUUUUUAACGUGCGUUAUUUUGAAUUACUGUUGCAGUACAUAGUGACGCAUUGUUUUACUUUAUGUAUAAAAGUACAUUUCAAUGUGCUGUAUUUUAAAGGUAUUGACAGAACAUUGUAUGGUUUAUUUUACACAUCUUUAUCAACCAACUCUCACGUCACACACUCAUAGUGUAGCCCUCCGUGUUAGGAAUGACCAGUUGUAGUAUUCAUGUGCUUCUCACCCAAGAAUCCGCUAUCUGACCCCAUUUAAUGACUCUGUCAUGUUGUGCUGUCAUGGAAAAUGAGAUGGACAGGCCUAGUGUUUCCUGACCUUUGGGUUGCUAUGGCUCUACUGCCUGCAGGCAUUUACCAUUGUAUGACAAGGCCAUCUGUUUACCCCCCAGUGUCUACUGACCAUGUGAGAUGUCAUGAAUAAAGCAGAACACACCAUCCA